CUAGGGCUUUGGCCUGUUGGGUUUCUAGGACUCUGGUCCUCUGGGAACUUGGGCCGUUGGGUCCUCCGGGACUUUAGGUCGUUAGGGUUUUGGGUCGUUAGGUAUCUGGGCCUAAGUGGGCCCUUGGGUUUCUGGGUUUCUGGGUCUCUGGGCCCUUGGGUCUCUGGGUCUCUGGGUCUUUGGGUCUUUGGGUCGUCAAAGCAUUGGAUAUUGCAGUUCAACAUUAGACGGAAAAUCAAAUUUAAAUAUGUAUCAUGAUCAUAGGGUCUAUGGGUCUAUGGGUCUUUAGGUCUCCGGGUCUUUGGGUCUUUGGGUCUUUGGGUCUCUGGGUCUC